AUGGCCUUCCUCGUACACCUGCUGGUCUGCACCUUCGGGAUGGGCUCCUGGGUGGCCAUCAACGGGCUCUGGGUAGAGCUCCCCCUGCUGGUGACGGAGCUGCCCGAGGCCUGGAACCUGCCCUCCUACCUCACGGUGAUCAUCCAGCUGGCCAACGUCGGCCCCCUCCUCGUCACCCUGCUGCACCGCUUCCGGCCCGGCUGCCUCUCCGAGGUGCCCGUCAUCUUGGCCGUGCUGGGGCUGGGCACCGUCACCUGCGUCCUCAUGGCCUUCCUCUGGAACGUGACCUCCUGGGUGCAGGGCGGCCGGCACAGCGUCGCCUUCAUGGUCCUCACCUUCUGCCUGGCCCUGGUGGACUGCACCUCCUCCGUCACCUUCCUGCCCUUCAUGAGCCGGCUGCCCGCCUCCUACCUCACCACCUUCUUCGUGGGCGAAGGGCUCAGCGGCCUCCUGCCUGCACUGGUGGCACUCGCCCAGGGCUCAGGUCUCACUGUCUGCGUCAAUGUCACGGACACACCAGGCCCGGGCACCUCAAGCCCUGUGACUGCCGAGGACAACAGCAUCACGCAGGGAGCCCACAGCACUUCUGCGUUGUCGUCCGCCCUGCCCGCUGCCUCCCGGGGCCACCUGCAAAGCCGCUACCUCCCGGCCCGCUUCUCGCCCCUGCUCUUCUUCCUGCUGCUGGCCCUCAUGAUGGCCGGCUGCCUCGUCGCCUUCUUGCUCCUGCAGCGCCGGCCCCGGUGCCCCGAGACCUCCAUCGAGGAGCUCCUCAGCUCCGAGGUGACCCUGCACUCCAUCCGGCCGCGGGAUGAGAAGGGCCGGGGCCCGCCAGGCCUGGCGGACAGCAGCAAGGGCUCGGGGCGCGAAGAGGAGCCGUGCAUCACGCCACGGGCCACUCAGCUGGUCUUCAUCUACACGCUGGUGGCCUUCGUCAACGCCCUCACCAACAGCGUGCUGCCGGCCGUGCAGACCUACUCCUGCCUGAGCUACGGGACUGUCGCCUACCACCUGUCUGCCACGCUCAGCUCCAUGGCCAACCCGCUCGCCUGCUUCCUCUCCAUGUUCUUGCCUAACAGGUCUCUGCUGUUCCUGGGGGUCCUCGCAGUGCUGGGCACCGGCUUUGGGGCCUACAACAUGGCCAUGGCAGUGAUGAGCCCCUGCCCCGUCAUGCAGGGCCACUGGGCGGGGGAAGUCCUCAUUGUGGUCUCGUGGGUGCUCUUCGCGGGUUGCCUCAGCUACGUCAAGGUGAUGUUGGGCGUGAUCCUGCGCGACCGCAGCCGCAGCGCCCUCUUGUGGUGCGGGGCGGCGGUGCAGCUGGGCUCGCUGCUCGGAGCGCUGCUCAUGUUCCCGCUGGUCAACGUCUUCGGGUUCUUCUCGUCCGCGGACUCCUGCAGCCUACAGUGCUCCGCCUAG